AUAUUUCGUAUGGCUAUGGCCAAAUAUGACGCUAGGAGUGUUCCCGGAUCCUUUUUUUACAAUCAGCCGCCCUAUACACAAUUCAACAAAACUUUUGACGACCCUUUCGACGCGCUAUACCAACAACUUAACGAGGUACAUCCGGUUUUUAUGAAAGCUGAGCACCUUCAACAAGGCUUUGAGUACCAAUUAUUAUUGGAUCCACGCACUGGAAAGGAGGUUGAACGAAUUUCGUAUGAUUACUCAUCUGAUGGGCAUCAAAGAAAUCAGAUUUUUCGUAGUGUUUUGCCCUCGAAUUUGACUAUAACGGAUCACACAUUAUGCCUGCGUCUCCUAAAAGCAUGGCAAGAAUUCAGCGAGGUAGAUGAGGCAGACGUGGUAUACUGGAAUUCACUAGAACUGGCGCGAACAACAGAUAAAAUUGCGUUUGAAAAGCUUGUUAUGGAAUACUGCCGUACUCAAAAAGAAGUUAUUUACGCACCAACCAAACGAUUGGCCGCACUAUAUAAACGUUUGUACGCUGUAAAAUUGGAGCAAUUACUCAAGAUAUACCCAGAAAACUUGGCAUUAAACACACAGGCCGGUAUCCCACAUGCGCAGAGUUAUAUGGGUGGGCGUGGUAGAAGUGUGCAAAUAGAAAAUGUUCGUUUGGUUACAAGUGAAGGUUGGGUUCCAGUGCUGAAGGAAUAUGCUUACGACCUCAUGCGACUGAAUUUGCGCUUAGAAAAUUUGAUGGACUAUUAUAUUAAUAGCUUAGAGUUCAAAAACGAUCCCAAAUGGGAAGCAUCUGAAGAACUCGAGCCCCUGUCGAAUCAAUUUUAUAUACCCUUAGAGUCACUGCUAUUUUUGUUAACGGCUGGCAAAUCUCCAGACUUACCAACGGAAGUGCCACUAGAAAUUGCAGAUAAUAGCGAAGGUAGUUUUAAAAUUAUUACAUUCGAGGAACCUCUACCUCCACGGAUAUGUGGCUGGUAUACACAUAAAAUGAUAGUUGAAAAUGCAUUCGAAGCUUUAGUAAGCACCAGUGAAGACACCCAGUGGUUGCACAUCGAAAACAAUGCGGUGAAACAGCACAAAAGGAGUGGAGCACCUGAAAUUGAAGCUGUUCGAAAUUCGAGAAAAGAGUUUCGAGCCUACGAAUUUAACGAGUAUAUGCAAAAAGUUUAUACAAAACGUGAGGAAAGUAUAAAAACCAAUUUUGGUGUUGUGCAAUGGAAUCUUAAUAGCACAGACGAGGGGCAGAAAAAUAUUGACCUUCAGCUUUUUACGCGACUAAAGUUGGCGCCCGCAACGGAUAUAUCGGGGUCGCAAUUACUGAGUAGUCAUUCACUCAAAUUAGAAUAUAAACCACAAUUUGGCGCUGAAAUAAUGACAAAUUAUGAACUGCUCAAGGAAUGGUUACAUAUAAAACUUUUGAGCCAAUGUAAAGGUUUCACUGAUCACUCCUUGUGUCUUCGUGUGGCAGUGAAUGACUUCAGCGUGCAGUUAAAUCAUAAGUUAAAAUUGGCCGCUAUCGAGGAACAACUGAUGAAGUUGUAUCACAUACGAAUGCCUCAAUUACUCGCGGGGCUGGCAGAUAUCUUACAGCUGUUGUUGAAUAUACCCACAGGCAAAUACUUCUUAAGAUUCAAUCCAAAAUAUCCAGAUCAAUUACUACUGUCGGCUCCGUCAGCUGAAAUAACGCCAAAUACCGUUUUCUUGCAUUCUCUAAUCAAGGUGGACCCGUCCGAUUUUGCAUUUAUAACGAAUGUGCAGCCUUUGCCAAUAAGUGAUUUAUUGUGCACCGCAGUACAUGAACACCACCAAAUUGCGCCGUGUGCAUUUAAACCAACUCGUCAAAAAAAUCACCGUAUACCACCCAAAACCUAUGGAAUAUUAAAAAGUGACGAGGAGUAUGUACAGAAACGUAUAAAAGCUAAAUUGGAGUUGAACAAGAAAAAGAAGAAGGAAUUUCUUCGCCAAGAUAAAAUUCGAAGAAACCAAAUAAAGUCAAAGAAAGCAAAGCGGCGAACAAAGCUCAAAAAAGUCGAAGUUGUUAAAAGCAGUGAACUGGAAAAAUUUAUCAAUGAAUUUUAACAAAUAAUUUUUUCGUAGUACUAAUUUCGUAGAAACGGCAACUAGUACGUACGUGUAUGAUCACUGUUUGUUGUGCGCUGCAUAAGAAAUGACUGAACUUGAAGAGAACAAUGCUUUAAAUAAUGUAAGUCCAAAUUUGAGACAAAACCACAUUUUGUUUGGACUUUGUCUUGCGUCAAUUGUUCCAUAUUCAAAUUGAAUUUUCAGGCCGCACUAGCAACCCGCACCUUGUUUCACGCAAGCUUAUUAUAAAAUAAGUAUUAUAAAUAAAAUAAAUAAUUUUAACUAAAAAAUUAUAAUAAAAAAAUAGUUUUUAUAACAUUUUGAGUAUUGUUUCGAA